AUGUUCCUGAUGUCUUCACCGGAACUGGUAUCAGUUGAUCUUGAUAUCCUUAGACAAGUGCUUGUGAAGGACUUUGACUGCUUCACAGAUCGAACUAAUCUUCUGAACGUCGAUCCUUCUGAUGAAACUUCACUAUUGGCUACUUCGCUGGUCUCCCUGAAAGGACUGAAUUGGUCCAGAGUUCGCAAGCAAGUGGUCCCUGCAUUCUCCACAGGAAAAAUAAAAUCGGUACGGCUUAACAUCUUUAGUAAUGUAUCGACCGCUGCAGAGUAG